AUGAAUUCUGAAACAAGCUUUCUAAUUCCACCCGUCUUCAAUGGUGAGAAUUAUCAAGCUUGGGCAAUUAGAAUGAUGGUUCAUCUUGAAGCACUAGAUCUAUGGGAAGCAGCAGAAGAGGACUAUAAAGUAACUCCUCUUGGAGAUAAUCCAACAGUGAAUCAGAUGAGACAUCACAAGGAGGGAAAGACAAGGAAAGCCAAAGCCAAAGCAUGCCUUUUCUUAGCGGUAUCUCCUUUAAUUCUUACCAAAAUUAUGCAAAUGAAGUCUGCUGCAGAAAUUUGGGAGUAUCUUGAAAAGGAAUACCAAGGAAACGAAAGAGUUCAAAAUAUGCAAGUGAUGAAUCUGAUUCGGGAAUUUGAAAUGAAGAGAAUGAAAGAAUCAGAAACCAAAAAAGAUUAUGCAGAUCAGUUACUUGACUUAGCCAAAAAGGUGAGAUUGUUUGGUAAGGAUUUUACUGAUGAAAGAAUUGAUCAAAAAACUCUUGUCACACUUCCUGAGAAAUAUGAAGCCACAAUCUCUUCUUUAGAGAAUUCUAAGGAUCUAUCAAGCAUUACCUUAGCAGAAUUUGUUAAUGCUUUGCAGGCAUUGAAGAAAAGGAGAAUAAUGAGGAAAGAAGGUUCUAUUGAAGUUUUUUAA